ACCAAAGAACAUCAGUUUGGUCUCGGGGCUCCAGUUUCUGAAGCUGGAAAAAACCAGAAUACUCUCCAACUAGAACAAGAAGUGAGAACCCAAGAUAGAUUCAUCUCUACACUGAAAUUACAGAUUGAAGAUCUCAAACAGACAAAUCAUGACUUGGAAGAAUAUGUUAGGAAACUCUUGGAUAGUAAGGAGGUGGUAAGCAGUCAAGUAGACGAUUUAACCAACCACAAUGAGCAUCUUUGUAAAGAAUUGAUAAAAAUUGAUCAACUAGCAGAGCAAUUAGAAAAAGAGAAAAAUUUUGUGGUGGACACUGCCGACAAGGAACUUGAAGAAGCAAAGAUUGAACUCAUUUGCCAGCAAAAUAAUAUAACAGUACUGGAAGAUACAAUUAAAAGGCUUAAAUCUAUAAUUUUAGAGACUGAAAAAGCACAAAAUAAAUCUCCUUCUAGACUUGAUUCCUUUGUCAAGACUUUAGAAGCAGACAGAGAUUAUUAUAAAACUGAAGCUCAGAAUUUGAGAAAAAUGAUCAGAAAUAGAUCUAAGAGUCCAAGACGCCCAUCUCCAACUUCUCGGGGUGCAAACUGUGAUGUAGAGCUUUUGAAGUCAACAACAAGAGACCGUGAAGAACUGAAAUGUAUGCUGGAAAAAUAUGAACGUCAUUUGGCAGAAAUCCAGGGCAAUGUCAAGGUUCUUACAUCUGAGAGAGACAAGACCUUCCUUCUUUAUGAGCAGGCACAGGAAGAAAUUGCUCGACUUCGAAGAGAAAUGAUGAAAAGCUGUAAGUCUCCUAAAUCAACUACAGCACAUGCUAUUCUUCGUCGGGUAGAGACGGAAAGAGAUGUAGCCUUCACUGACUUACGAAGAAUGACCACAGAGCGAGACAGUCUGAGAGAAAGGCUAAAGAUUGCUCAGGAGACAGCAUUUAAUGAGAAGGCUCACUUGGAACAAAGGAUAGAGGAGCUGGAGUGUACAGUUCAUAACCUUGAUGAUGAACGCAUGGAACAAAUGUCAAAUAUGACUUUGAUGAAGGAAACCAUAACCACUGUGGAAAAAGAAAUGAAAUCAUUAGCAAGAAAGGCAAUGGAUACCGAAAGUGAACUUGGCAGACAAAAAGCAGAGAAUAAUUCCUUGAGACUUUUAUAUGAAAACACAGAAAAAGAUCUUUCUGAUACUCAGCGACACCUUGCUAAGAAAAAAUAUGAACUACAGCUUACUCAGGAGAAAAUUAUGUGCUUGGAUGAAAAAAUUGAUAAUUUUACGAGGCAAAGUAUUGCACAGCGAGAAGAAAUCAGCAUUCUUGGUGCAACCCUCAAUGAUCUGGCUAAAGAAAAGGAAUGUCUGCAAGCAUGUUUGGAUAAAAAGUCUGAGAAUAUUGCAUCACUUGGAGAGAGUUUGGCAAUGAAAGAAAAGACCAUUUCAGGCAUGAAGAAUAUCAUUGCUGAGAUGGAACAGGCAUCAAGACAGUCUACUGAAGCCCUAAUUAUGUGUGAACAAGAUAUUUCCAGAAUGCGCCGGCAAUUGGAUGAAACAAAUGAUGAACUGGCUCAGAUUGCCAGGGAAAGAGAUAUCUUGGCUCAUGAAAACGACAGCCUUCAAGAACAGUUUAGCAAAGCCAAACAAGAAAAUCAGGUAUGCUUGUUCUCAGAAUCUGAGAACCGGCAAAUAAUGGAACAACUCCGAAAAGCCAACGAAGAUGCUGAAAACUGGGAAAAUAAAGCCCGCCAAUCAGAGGCAGAAAACAAUACCCUCAAAUUGGAACUUAUCACUGCUGAAGCAGAGGCCAACAGAUUGAAAGAAAAAGUUGAUGCCCUUAACAGAGAGGUUGAGCAACACUUAAAUGCAGAGCGCUCUUACAAAUCCCAGAUUUCAACUUUACACAAGUCUCUUGUAAAGAUGGAAGAAGAGCUUCAGAAGGUUCAGUUUGAAAAGGUGUCUGCACUUGCAGACCUGUCUUCUACGAGGGAACUCUGUAUUAAACUUGACUCAAGCAAAGAACUUCUUAAUCGACAGCUGGUUGCCAAAGAUCAAGAAAUAGAAAUGAUGGAGAAUGAGCUGGAUUCUGCGCGCUCUGAAAUAGAGCUGCUCAGGAGUCAGAUGACAAACGAGAGGAUCUCCAUGCAGAACCUCGAGGCUUUGCUGGUGGCCAACCGAGACAAAGAGUACCAGUCCCAGAUAGCAUUGCAAGAAAAGGAGUCUGAGAUCCAGCUUCUGAAGGAGCACCUUUGUCUGGCAGAGAACAAAAUGGCCAUCCAGAGUAGAGACGUGGCUCAGUUCAGAAAUGUCGUAACACAGUUGGAAGCAGAUUUGGACAUUACUAAAAGACAGCUAGGGACAGAACGAUUUGAAAGGGAAAGGGCUGUCCAAGAACUUCGCCGCCAGAAUUACUCAAGUAAUGCUUAUCAUUUGAGUUCAAUGAAGCCAAAUACAAAAUGUCACUCACCAGAACGUGCUCACCAUCGAUCUCCUGACCGAGGCCUCGACCGAUCACUAGAAGAGAAUCUUUGCUAUAGAGAUUUCUGACAUGUGAAAAGAUUCUCCACAGCCUUGGAAAGGUCAAAGAUACAAACGGAAUUUUUUUUUGCUAUUUGAUUGCAUUUAUCUUUUGAAUGCUUGACAGUGUUAAAUGUAUUUAUUAACUUUGUGCCUCUGAGUCUGUUCUCGAGUGCCAUAACACAGUGAUCUGAGAUGAUGUAUACAAACAAAAAUGCACAUGGCUCUUUCUAUCCAUACAGUAAUAGUGAGUGUAAAAUCUGCUUACUUCACUAUUGAGCACUGUUUUGUUAACUAUCCGGAGUAAAUAAAGAAGCUUAAAAAAGAGG